GGAUAUUGAGUGUGUUUAUUGGAAGCAUUUCCCUUCUGAUUUACUGGUUGAAUUUUGUUGAUGGCUGAUGCCUGAAUUUGAGAAGAAGGAUUUCACAGUACUUCUCCAGAGAAUACAGAGAGAAUAGAGACUGCAGAUAGAUCCUGACCAUCACCCAAGUCACAACUGCACAACUGUGGGAAAUCCUUUCACUGCAUUGCUCAACACAGAGAAGGUUGGGCAGUGAAACUAUCAUUUGAAAGUUGGUCGGGUCAGGGGAGCUUUGACAGAUCAUCAGAUCUGAAAUUGAUCAGUAAUGUGGAGCCUUCCAUCAGAACCAGCCAACGGUUCAGCUUGAUGAGAGUGAGGCUGGGAAGAAGUGUGAGUGGCUCCAAGUGUGAUGACAGCUUCAAUGAUUCCUGGAGCCUUAUGAACCACUGACUCAUAUCUACAGGUGAGAGGCUUUUCAAGGGUAAGGAAUGUGAGGUGGGCUCCAAGUCUGUCAAGAUCUCCAAAACAUAUGUGCAUUUGUUGAAUACUUAUAUGGAAGAGAAACAAUUUAAGUGUGAGGUCUGUGACCAAGACUUCAGACAAUCAUCGAUGCUUAUGAAACACCAAAGUAUCCAUCACAGGAAGAAACCUUUCAUGUGUGAGGUGUGCAACAAAUCAUACUCCAAGUCAUCACACCUCCGCAUACACCAAUACAUUCACACAGGGGAGAAACCGUUCAAAUGUGAAGACUGUGGUAAAGCUUUUGCAACAUCCACAACCUUUCUGUCCCACCAACAUAUUCACACAGGAGAAAAGCCGUUCACAUGUAGCGUGUGUGAAAAAUCAUUCUCGCAGACGGCACAUCUCCGUCUGCAUCAACGCAUUCACACUGGGGAGAAACCAUUCAUGUGUGAAGUCUGUGACAAACCAUUCACACAUUCAUCUCACCUUCGUGUACACCAACGCAUUCAUACUGGGGAGAAACCAUUCAUAUGUGAAGUGUGUGACAGAUCAUUCUCAGACUCAUCAUCCCUUCACAAACAUCGACGUGUUCACACAGGGGAAAAGCCAUUCACAUGUGAACAGUGUAAUAAAUCAUUCGCACAGCCAUCUGGUCUUCGUAGACACGAACGUUCGCAUGCUCGGGAGAAACCAUUCAAACUUGAGGUCUGUGAAAAAUCAUUCUCACAGUCAUCUGGUCUUUGUGGACAGGAAUGUUUGCAUAUGCGGGAGAAACCAUUCACUUGUGAGGUCUGUGACAAAUCAUUUUCAAAUUCAUCUCACCUUUGCGUACACCAAUACAUUCAUACUGGGGAGAAACCAUUCACAUGUGAAGUGUGUGACAAAUCAUUCUCAGCAUCAUCGUCCCUUUGCCAACAUCGACGCAUUCACACAGGGGACAAACCGUUCACAUGUGAGCAGUGUAAUAAAUCAUUCUCACAGUCAUCUGGUCUUCGCAGACAUGAACGUUUGCAUACUGGGGAGAAACCAUUCACAUGUAAGGUCUGUGACAAAUCAUUCUCAGAGUCAUCCUCCCUUUGCAAACAUCGACGCAUUCACACAGGGGAGAAACCAUUCACUUGUCAGCAGUGUGAUAAAUCAUUCUCAGACCCAUCUGGUCUUCGAGCACACAAACGUUUGCAUGCUAGCGAGAAACCUUUCAAAUGUGAGGUAUGUGAGAAGGCUUUUGCCACAUCUAGCACUUUCCUGAGACAUCAGAAGGUUCAUGAUAAUUAGAAAGCCUUAAAAGGAGAGAUGUGUGUCAAAGCCAUCGCAACACAUUUGAGCCUGAGAGUCCAUCAGAAGCUCCACACUGGAAAAUAAGACUUCAGACCUAAAUUUCAACAAAAUCUUUGUGACAUGUUGGACAGUUCUGUUAAACAAGAACAUUCACACAGGGGGGAUACCUUCCAGGUGCAGGAUGUGUGACUAGUCAUUCAGAUGGUCAUUGAACUUCUUGAACCACGAAGUCAUUGCUGUGAAUCAGAGGACCCACACAAGAAACGAAUUGUUCACAUGUGAGUUUUGGGAUAAUCUUGUAUUAUUGUCAACUUGUUGAAACACCAUGAGAUUGUCAUGGAGAAGAAACCCUCCAAGUACGAUGUUUGUGAAAAGCGAUACCCAGUCAAACAUCCAGAUUUUCACAAUGAAGUGAGUUAACUUCUUCCCGAGCUUCCUGUAAACGAGAUCGAAUUGCUGAUGUCUGUUGAAUGAUAGAGUAUCUUUCUGACAGAUUUCAAUUCAAAUGCAAAGUCAGACAGGUGUGGUUUUUUUGAACAUAGAUAACAGAUUGUGAGAGAGUUAAAGAAGUUGUUUUCUGAAACUUCCUGAGAUAUCUGCAAAAAUAUAAAACAACUGCAGAGUAGUGGUUGAUUGUCUAGAUUCAGUCUGUCCUCCAUGCGAAUUUAAAACUCCAAUGGUCCCUGGAUGACAUUUAAAGCAUUUGGGAAAAAGUGACUUACAUGAAGAGAAAGGAUGAGUCAGGUGAUUCCCUGGUCCUCAUGGGAUUGGUCCAACAGCAAAACCAAAAUCAUGAUGUGUUCCCAAUGUGAGCAUGAUUUGCCCAGUACCAAGAGCCAACUGGAAGCAGUUUGUGAAGAAUUGGAAACACAAUUAGCUGUCAAGGGGAAAUGCACUGGAUCUUGGCCAGGGUACCCUUGCAUAAGUCAACUAGGAAGUGAACAGCGAAAAGUGCAGAGACACAGACGGGUUUUGAAACAGAUUCGGAAUCCUCCAGAGUCUCGAGUGAAAAAGGUGGCUCAAGGCUCACCCCUUUGAAAAUAAGACGAACUAAAGUUAAAUGUGAAGAAAUGAAGAAUAAUGAUGGGGUGGUUCUGGCCACACAUGGUAAAUUCCUCAUUGCAUUCUGAGGAUGGCUGGGUGACAUGGUUAUGGUCACACAAGCUUUUUUAAUCAUAAGCCAGUAGAUCCUAAGAAAAUUGAUAAACAGUCUACAGAACUACCAUCUCUAAAAGGGAAGGUUGAAAAUGUGAGAAAUAUUGAAACAUUUGAAAGGCAUCUACAUCCAUCUAUUGGAUGGGGAUCCGAUUCUGAUUAUGAUGGUACCUAGCCAAGAAUGGAAGAGAUCAGUUAGGAGGGCCUAAGAGUCCCUUUGGGAUGAUGAACAAUGGAUAGAGGCCAGAUGGGAACAGAUAACUCAGGGAUCAGGAAGGAGGGACCUGAGGAAAUGGUCCCCUUAAAAACCAAUUUUGUAGUGGGCCAAGAUAAUGAAGAUAUCCCUACCAGACUGAGAAGGCAGAGGAAUAACUUAGGUGGGCAUGGUGGACUGGUGUAACCACUUGGAUAGGGCAUGGGAGCUAAAGUUAGGACCUUGCAGGUUCUGCAGGGAAAUCCAGAGAACCAGACAAACAGUUGUCAGGAAGACCUCGUGAGAAGUGUCUCUAUUGCAAAAAAGAGGGCCAUUUUCCCAAGGUAUAUAGGGCAAACAAAUAGGCCGAAAUGUUGAUGUCUGGAGGACCACCCCUAGAGAACCACAUCCCUUGGAGAGAUUUAAACAGCUCUCCACUGCACAACAAAAGGAGUUGCUUAAUUUGACAAAGCACUAGCUGAGUCUGCCCUUACACUAGUACAAUGAGGUGAUGGAAUGUAUAUAUUUACGUGGGUAGGCAAUCAAGAUACAGACUUUCUCCUGGACACGGACAGAAUUGACCUCCUUGUGGCUAUGAAAUGGAAACUCUUUGCCUUUAGAUAGUAAAAUACGAUCAUCCCGUGGUGCUGGGGGUGAAAGCCUGACCAUCAAAAGAACAUGUCCGGUAUCAAUAGAACUUAGUCCACAUGAAUUAACUGCAUCGGUCUUGGUGGGCUUGGUGGGAAAAACUCUCUUAGGUAGGGACGUCCUGAUCCAGGUAAAUUCCUCAUUGCAUUCUGAGGAUGGCUGGGUGACAUGGUUGAUUAGACGUUUGAGAAAAGAAGAAUUGAAAAAACACCCACUCUGGGCAAAGAACGAGAACAAUUGCGGUCGACUCCGGAUGGAACCCAAAUCGUUUACUGGUGUCAUCACCCCAUGCACCAAUAUCCCAUCAGCCCAGCCUCAAACGCAGGAAUCUUAUCCAUGAUCCAACAACUUGAAGAACAAUAUGUACUGGUGAAAACAUAGUUCCUCUAACAGCUCUGUGUGGCUGGUCCGAAAACUCAACGUGACUCAGCAUCUGUCAUGAGUAUGGUGCUGGAAAAGCACAGCAUGUAAGGCCACAUCCGUGGAGCAGUGGAAAUCAACGUUUCGGCCAUAAGCCCUUCAUCGGCAAUGAGGUGUCUGAUGAUGUCAAGUGAUCUGACCAUCGAACACAGAGAAACCUGACCAAUACUGUCAGUCCUACCUCCUGACAGGUAUGGGCACCCUGGGUGAUCUACCAGAAGGGUGUCAUGAUAUCCCUGGGAGCCUGGCUUUACAUUAAGAAAAUACGUAAGGAGCCAUUGGGAGCCAGGUGGGAAGGACCUUACCAGGUGUUGCUGACCACACAAGCCACAGUAAAGGUCCAAGGGAAGAAAGCUUGGAUACAUGUGUCACACAUUGAAAGAGCAACUAGUGACUGAAGUUGAAGCUUAAUAAGGACUAAAAUGUUUGAUCCAAAACCAUUUGAUCCUGUGGAAGUUAGUUAUAUUACUAACUAUGUAUUUUGAAUGUUUGCUGACUAGUAACUUAUCAGUCCCCUGCACCAGGAGGGAGACGAAGGAAAAGGGAAUUACAUGUAAAUACCUUUUUAUGUAUCUCCUAUACCUAUUACAAACAAGCUAGUAUUUCCAGUUA